UGGAGAGAAGACGGGGUUAGUCAAGUCAGAGAAAGGGGCCGCGAACUCCACCUUUCCUGCUUACUAUAUAGCCAUCAAGUUCUCGGAGCAAACCCUUCUGCUCUCUCUCGAGGAGGAUGUGAAGUGGCAGUAAUAGGCCUAUCCAGAAUCCGAUGAAGAGAGGAGCCUGGUUGGCUGCUGUUCAUGGAGUCACAGAAGCAAUAAGAAGGAAAGCAGUCUACCAACAGUUUUGAGAGUUUGCAGAAACAGCUUACAAAGAAAAUGAAGCUCCCUAUUUUCAUAGCAGAUGCAUUCACAACAAAAGCAUUUCGUGGGAAUCCGGCUGCUGUUUGCCUCCUAGAAAAUAAACUGGAUGAAGACUUGCAUCAAAAAAUUGCAAAGGAGAUGAACCUCUCCGAAACGGCUUUUAUCCGAAAGCUACACCCAAAUGACAACUUUACACAAAGUUCCUGCUUUGGAUUAAGGUGGUUUACACCACAGAAUGAGGUUCCUCUCUGUGGCCAUGCUACCCUGGCUUCUGCAGCUGUGCUGUUUCACAAAAUAAAAAAUAUGAAUAGCACUCUAACCUUUCUCACUAUGAGUGGGGAACUGAAGGCCAGAAAAGAAGAGGAUGGUAUUGUCCUGGACCUGCCUCUUUAUCCAGCCCAUCCCCAGAAAUUGCAUGAAGUGAAAGACUUGAUAAAGACUGCCAUAGGUGACACGCUGGUUCAGGAUGUUCGCUAUUCCCCAGAUACCAAAAAGCUCCUGGUCCGGAUCAGUGAUGCUUACAACAGGUCAUUUCUGGAGAGCCUGACAGUGAACACAGGGAAUUUGCUGCAAGUGGAAACCACAGGGAAGGUGAAAGGACUCAUUCUCACCCUCAAGGGAGAGCCUGGUGGGCAGACGCAAGCAUUUGACUUUUACUCCAGAUAUUUUGCUCCAUGGUACGGUGUGGCUGAAGACCCUGUAACAGGGUCUGCACAUACUGUUCUCAGUAGCUACUGGUCUGAGCAACUGGGGAAGAAAGACUUGCACGCCUUUCAGUGUUCCAACCGGGGAGGAGAACUGAUAAUUUCCCUGCGUUCUGAUGGACGAGUUGACAUCAAGGGAGGCGCGGCUCUUGUUUUAGAGGGCACUCUGACGGCCUAGACUGCUUGCACUGCGGUGACACAAUCUUGAAUUACUGAGUAUUUUCUGCAUAAAAAGAAAUGUAAGAGACUGCUUUGAAUAAGAUUGCAUUGUAGUCCACUUAAUCCUCACCUGAGAAAUAGAACAAUGAAGACGUAUUAAUGGGGAUUUAAUAAUGCUUCCUGAUGAAUUAACUAAAGGAGUUUUGGUUCUACCUGUCAACAUAUUCGAAGUAACCCAUAUCAAAGAAUAAUGUCGUCACCUUUAAUUGUGACCACCAAUCACAGAAUGAGGAACACAUUUAUGAAGAGUAAGAUUAAAUCAUUUAAACUCAGAUGUGAGUACCUGAUAGACUUGUUUUGCAGCCAUCGAAAAGACCCAAUAGCUAUGUGGAAAUAUGGAAAAAUAGUUCAUAGUAUAAUACUAAGAAAGAAAAUUAUAGUAGACUAUUAA